ACACAGGCCAACUGCACCCAAAUGCUCUGCGCUUCUCUAAUUUCUCCUUGCUUGGUGUACUUUUCCAAGCAGGGGCCAGGGCCAAGGAGUGAGGAGAGGCCUUUCCAGUGCAAAAGGGAGCGCUUGAACAGGACAGAGGGUAGAGGAGGUGGAGGAAUUGUGAAGGUCUCACAUGGACAUCUAAGAGACCAAAGGAUUGUAAAGUUGGGGUUUUUGUGUAACUGGCUUUUUAACUACUAAGUAAUUUAAUUGGAUUCCAAAAUGGAUUCGGGUGGAGUGCCAGCCCUGGCCUCGUUCAUCAUGAACGAAGAGGAGCUGAAGAGGAAGCAGCGGGAGAAGCUAAAGAAACUGCAGGCCACUGGAGGAAACCCCCGGCCUGCUCGUUCUCUCUUCUUUUUCACUCUCAAAAACCCCUUCCGCAAGACCUGCAUUAACAUUGUGGAGUGGAAGCCCUUUGAGAUCAUCAUUCUACUCACUAUCUUUGCUAACUGUGUGGCUCUGGCUGUGUUUCUCCCAAUGCCAGAAGAGGACACCAACACCACAAACUCCACCUUGGAGAGCCUGGAGUAUGUGUUUCUGGUCAUUUUCACUCUGGAGUGCUUCCUGAAGAUAGUAUCGUAUGGGCUUUUAUUUCAUGAAGGUGCAUAUUUACGGAACUGUUGGAACAUACUGGAUUUUGUCAUCGUGUUCAUGGGGCUCUUUACCCUGGUAGUUGACAUCAUAGCUGGAUUCCCCAAAGAGAAAGGAGGAGGGUUUGACAUGAAAGCUCUUCGAGCCUUUCGUGUCCUCCGACCACUUCGUCUUGUCUCGGGAGUUCCAAGCUUGCAGGUGGUUAUGAACUCUGUUUUGAAAGCUAUACUGCCUCUAUUUCACGUCGCUCUGCUUGUCUUCUUCAUGGUCACCCUUUAUGCUAUAAUGGGGUUGGAGCUGUUUAAAUGCAAGAUGCACAAGACCUGCUAUUACAAAGGCACAGACAUUAUCGCCUUAAGUGAGAAUGAAAUGGCAUCACCUUGUGCUCAGGCUGGAAAUGGACGUCGCUGCAUCAUAAAUGGCACAGAAUGCAGGGCUGGAUGGCCAGGACCCAACUGGGGCAUCACCCAUUUUGAUAAUUUUGGUUUUGCCAUGCUCACAGUGUUCCAGUGUAUUACAAUGGAGAGCUGGACUAAUGUGCUUUACUGGGUUAAUGAUGCUGUUGGUAAUGAAUGGCCAUGGGUCUACUUUGUGUCUAUGAUUCUGCUCGGCUCUUUUUUUGUCCUCAACUUGGUUCUUGGUGUCCUCAGCGGGGAGUUUAGUAAGGAGAGAGAGAUAUGUAGAUCCAGAGGGGAGUACCAGAAGUUACGAGAGCGAGAGCAGAUGGAUGAAGAUCUGAAAGGUUACAUGGAAUGGAUUACACAUGCUGAAAUUCUGGAUGCUGAUCAGGAAGGAUUAGGUCUUCUUCCUCUAAAGGACAGUGGUUCAGAAUCAGACAGCCUGUAUAAAGCAGAGGGUUUAAGCCGUGUAGUGUAUUAUUUUCGCCUUGCUCGGCACUAUCACCGUGCCUUACGGAGGAAAUGCACUGUCUGGGUAAAGUCCAAAGUGUUCUACUGGCUAGUGAUCCUGGUCGUGCUAAUCAACACUCUUGCCAUUGCCUCAGAACAUCACCCCCAGCCUGAAUGGAUGACUCAGUUUCAAGAUAACAUCAACAAAUUCCUGCUCACCUGUUUUGCAAUUGAGAUGGUCAUGAAAAUGUACGCUUUUGGCCUGCGAAUGUAUUUCAUGUCAAUCUUUAACCGUUUCGAUUGUUUCGUUGUUACUGUGGGCAUACUGGAGAUCAUCCUGGUGUCAGCCAAUGUGAUGACUUCACUGGGUGUUUCUGUGAUGAGGUGUAUUCGCCUCCUACGUCUGAUGAAGGUUACAAAGUACUGGACAUCUUUGAGCAGUCUUGUGGCUUCUCUGAUCAACGCAAUCCGUUCCAUCGCCUCCCUACUCCUCCUGCUCUUCCUCUUUAUUGUAAUCUUUUCUCUCCUGGGCAUGCAAGUGUUUGGAGGCAAAUUCAACUUUCCUGACAGGCCUUUGCAGCGCAGCAACUUUGACAACUUUCCACAGGCUCUAAUUAGUGUGUUCCAGGUCCUGACUGGGGAGGAAUGGGAUUCCAUCAUGUACAAUGGUAUUAUGGCUCAUGGUGGACCGACUCUCCCAGGAAUUCUCGUCUCUAUCUAUUUCGUCAUCCUUUAUAUCUGUGGAAACUUCAUCCUCUUGAAUGUGUUCUUGGCCAUUGCUGUCGAUAACCUUGGUGAAGCAGAAAGCCUUUCGUCAGCACAAAAAGAAAGGGAGGAGGAGAAAGCUAGAAAGAAACUCAUGAGAGAAUCCCAUUCACAGAAGAGCGAGGAAGAAAAAGCUCUGGUGGUCAAGAGCAAACAUAAGACUGAAGGCAUGCCUACAACAGCAAAGCUUAAAGUGGAUGAAUUUGAAUCAAAUGUAAAAGAAGUGAAGGACCCAUUUCCUCCAGCUGAUUUUCCAGGUGAUGACGAGGAGGAAGAGCCAGAGAUCCCGCUCAGUCCAAGGCCCAGACCUAUGGCCGAUCUUCAGCUUAAAGAGACAGUAGUUCCCAUGCCUGAAGCGAGCUCCUUUUUCAUCUUUAGCCCACAGAACAAAUUCCGUAAGCUGUGCCACAGGGCUAUCAACGCAACCCCCUUCACAAACUUCAUCCUUCUCCUCAUCCUCCUCAGUAGCAUUUCUCUGGCUGCUGAAGAUCCUAUCGACCCCAAAUCCUUCAGAAACAAGAUCUUGGCUUAUGCUGAUAUUGUCUUUACAACGGUCUUCACCAUUGAGAUUGUCCUUAAGAUGACUGUGUAUGGUGCCUUCCUGCACAAGGGAUCCUUCUGCAGAAACUCCUUCAACAUUCUGGAUCUCAUUGUUGUUGUGGUUUCUCUCAUGUCUAUGGGGAUGGAGUCAAGUGCCAUCUCUGUGGUGAAGAUUCUCAGGGUGUUGAGAGUUCUGAGACCUCUAAGGGCCAUGAAUAGAGCCAAAGGAUUAAAGCAUGUAGUCCAGUGUGUGUUUGUGGCCAUCAAAACCAUCGGCAACAUCAUUCUAGUCACCAUGCUCUUAAACUUCAUGUUUGCUUGCAUUGGAGUCCAGCUAUUCAAGGGCAAAUUCUACUAUUGUACAGAUUCAUUGAAGUUGACUGAGGUGGACUGUCGGGGAAGUUAUGUGCAUCAUGUACAGAACACUCUCCAUGACAUAGAGGUUCAUCCACGGGAGUGGGUCAACAGUGACUUUAACUUUGAUAACGUACUGAAUGCCAUGCUCACUCUCUACACUGUGUCCACAUUUGAAGGCUGGCCAGAGUUGCUUUAUAAAGCUAUAGACUCAGAUGCUGAAGACAAGGGCCCAGUAUAUAACAACCGUGUGGACAUUUCGAUCUUCUUCAUCAUUUACAUUAUCAUCAUCGCUUUCUUCAUGAUGAACAUUUUUGUCGGCUUUGUCAUUGUCACUUUCCGAGAGCAGGGAGAGCAGGAGUACAAGGACUGUGAGCUAGACAAGAACCAACGCCAGUGUGUUCAGUAUGCGCUGAAAGCUCGGCCCAUCCGCUGCUACAUCCCUAAGAACCCUUUCCAGUACCAGUUCUGGUACUUGGUGACCUCCUGCUACUUUGAGUACCUCAUGUUUUUCCUUAUCAUACUCAACACGUUGUGUCUGGGAAUGCAGCAUUGUAAUCAGUCAGACCACAUAACCAAACUUUCAGACACUCUCAACGUCAUCUUCACAGUCCUUUUUACGAUUGAGAUGAUCGUCAAACUUAUUGCUUUCAAAGCUAAGGGUUACUUUGGAGACCCUUGGAACGUGUUUGAUUUCCUUAUUGUGGUCGGGAGCAUCGUAGACGUCGUCCUCAGUCAGGUGGAUGCUGCUUUGGAGUCCAGUGGUGGACUUUACUGCCUCCACGGCUGUGCUGAAACAAACCCAAUGCAGGUCAUUGCUUAUGAAGAAAACGCUCGAGUCUCAAUCACCUUCUUCCGACUCUUCCGUGUCCUGCGUCUGAUAAAGUUACUUAACCGCUCUGAGGGCAUUCGCAACCUGUUGUGGACCUUCAUUAAGUCGUUCCAGGCUUUUCCUCAUAUAGCUCUUAUUAUAGUGAUGCUUUUCUUUAUCUAUGCUGUCAUAGGGAUGCAGGUAUUUGGUAAAAUUGCCCUAAAGGACGGCACUGAGAUCAACCGAAACAACAACUUCCAGACAUUCCCACAAGCCAUACUGCUUCUGUUCCGAUGUGUUACGGGAGAGGGUUGGCAAAACGUCAUGCUGGCCUGUAUGUCUGGGAAACUGUGUGAUCCGAAAUCAGACCAUGGCUCAACUCCUGGAGAGGAGUACAGUUGUGGAACUAAAUUUGCUGUCUUUUACUUUCUGAGUUUCAACAUGUUGUGUGCUUUUUUGAUUAUCAAUUUAUUUGUGGCUAUCAUUAUGGACAACUUUGACUACCUGACUCGUGAUUGGUCGAUCCUUGGUCCACACCAUCUGGAUGAGUUCAAGAAGAUCUGGGCAGAAUAUGAUCCUGAGGCAACGGGGCGAAUUAAACAUCUGGAUGUAGUAACACUUUUACGAAGGAUCCAGCCACCACUGGGAUUUGGAAAAUUCUGCCCUCAUCGCUCAGCCUGCAAGCGGUUAAUUUCGAUGAACAUGCCCCUGAACAGCGAUGGAACGGUCACCUUCAAUGCCACAUUGUUUGCUUUAGUCAGAACGGCCUUGAAGAUUAAAACUGAAGGCAACUUUGAGCAGGCUAAUGAAGAGCUGCGUGCCAUUAUUAAGAGCAUCUGGAAACGGACAAGUAUGAAACUCUUGGAUCAGGUGCUUCCGCCUAUUGGAGAUGAUGAGGUCACUGUUGGGAAGUUCUACGCCACUUUUCUGAUUCAGGAAUACUUCCGUAAGUUUAUGCAGCGUCAGGAAGAGUAUUACGGCUACCGGCCUACCAAAAAAAGAACAGCUGAGAUUCAGGCGGGUCUGCGCAGCAUUGAGGAGGAGGCAGCCACCGAGCUCCACAGGGCCAUCUCAGGAGACCUUAUUGCUGAGGAUGAGAUGGAAAGAGCCAUGGCAGGAGGAGAGGAGGGCAUCUACAGGAGAACUGGGGGUCUGUUUGGGAUCAACGCAGACCCCUUUUCAUCAGAGCCCAGUAGCCCUACAACAGCACAGACCAGCCAACGCCCAAUGCAGUUCUCUGAGAGUCGUCCAGAAGAUGUGGAGUCGCCACCUGACUCUGUGUUCCUCCCCAACACUGAGUUUUUUCCUGUAACACCAACCAGGACAAACAUCACCAACAACAAUGCCAACUUUACAGAAGAUUUUAUAUUUGAGAGAGAGUCACCAUUGCUUGUUAGAGCCAGAGAUCAGUCCUUUGAAGAUAUCAGAGAAGUCAGUAUGAGUCCCAGUAGGGUAUCACCAUCUUUUAGAGAUGCUGAAGACAGACACCGGUCAGGUUUUACUGUGAGGACUGACAUCACGCAGUUCCCUUAUGAUCCUACCUAUGGUGAAAAAGAAUCGUCAUCGGCGACUGACAAGCUCAUCCGGCAGGUACUAAGAAAUAACGGCCUUGAAACUCUGGCUGAAGACCCCAAGUUUGUUACUGUGACUAAGAACGAGAUGGCAGAAGCCAUGAAUGUCAGCGUGGGUGACAUGGAGGGAGCUGCUCAGGAACUUCUGAAUGAAAAGGGUGGGAAAGUGGUGAAACGUAAAAGACGUCCCAUUCCAGUUCCACCCAGCUCCAAACCUGCCGACUCAAACAAGGCCACCACUGCAGUGUAGGUCGUAAUCAUCUGUCCACUUUUAUCAUAAUUGUCCUUACGAGGAUAUACUUCUCAAGACUUGUCUUGAAAAUUUAAAUCCACUUGUUUCACAUCAUCACAUGCUAAACAAAAAUAAUCAAAUAUCUCUAACAGGCAAAAGACCAUGUGGGUGUAGCUUUGCCUGUGUGAGGUGUGGCUUUGUGUUCAUUUGCUCCUUUAUUCAAAGAGUGGAUUUUUCUUUUCAUUGGACACAGAAAACUGAGUAAGACUGAAGACAGACAGAUUCUUAUUUAUUUCAUUACUGUGUGCAAGAUGAGCUCACUUGUUUGCACAGGUUUCCGAACAAACUUUCUUCUGAAUGUUUUAAACAUUUGAAUUCAGUCAGAGAAAAAUCUGUGAUUUUCCUUGUUGAAAAAAAAAUCAGCAGGAGUUAUGAAUGAUAAUCCUGUAUAAAAGGAUUUGGGUUGCAUAUUAACAAAUAUAGUACUGUGCAAAGGUAAUCUAUCAGAGAUGCUGUAAAGUGAAGAUGCUUUCAAACAAUAAUCAGGUAUUUUAAAAUGUCAACAAAAUGUAGACAGUAGAAAGCAGAAAUUCAUUCAAUCAAUUAAUUCUGUUCAAAAAUGAAAAUUUCUUGCCUCAUGAUAGAUAGUUUUUUUUAAUUUACUGAUUUCAUGGUUCUCCUACAGGCCUUCUUUCACUUGUGUCUCUGUGUGCAGAUCAAAUUCCAGACUGUUGCUGAUAUUUUUUAUUCUUUAAAGACAUGUGCAGGAUACAUUUUUCUGUAACAUAUAUUGUUGUAGAGAAUUAAAUGUUGGCACUUUAAUGCAUGACACUUAAACAUCCAAGUGUAAAUUUCUAUUUAAAAUUUAAAGUUUGAGGGCUAAUACUUUUGUACAGUACUGUAUGUUAAUAUAAUUUUCUAGUAAUUAGCAACCGGGAAGAGAAUAUGAAAUGGUGACUUUACAUGCCGGAUGCAUGAGAAUCAUAAUGCUGAAGGUUCUGCUGGUGUUAGAUGAUGUGUCUGAACAGCAGUUAUCAGUGAAACAAUGGAUUUACUUGUGAUUAAAUUACUGCAGCAAACAUGUACUCUAAGAAAUGUAUUUUAUUUUAGAGUUCUGUCUGGUAUGGCAGUAAGAGAUAUUCCUUUUUUUUGUUUGUUUGUUUUCGGCGAACAAAAGAGAUGGAUAUUUCCAUAGAGGUCCAGACACUCUUGGAAGAUGCCUUCUGAACUAAAGGCCUUUACUUCAGCUAUUGUAUUGUAUAGACGGUUAACGAUCGCUAUAGAAAUAUCAGUUUAGAAUUUUUAGAAAGGUCUUAAAACGUUGCAAUCCGAACGCAAGCUCUAGAGAUCGUUUUCCUGUUAUAUGUUACAUGUAUGGACUCUGAGGAGACACCAUUUUCAAAUUAAAUGACUUUGUAAGAUUUCUAUUUGUCUAAUGUUAAAUGAAAUGAACUUGGAAUGAAAUAAAAUGUUUCAGUAAAGCAAA